AUGCAGUGCCACGUGGACACGGCGCAGGCAGGGGAAAGGCCGGCGGCAGAGCAGGAGGAAGCCCCUCUGCUUGCUCAGCAGCCCUCCUCCCGCACCGGGCUCUGCUCCACUCGCUGCGGCCUGGCCCUGGUCCUGCACGUCUCUCUCUUCAUGGCAUACACACUCCGGGUCAGCCUCAGCAUCGCCAUCGUCGCCAUGACUAACAGCAGCCAUCCCUACGGUUGGUCUGGCAACGCUCCCAACGGCUCCCACCCAGGGUUUGCUCAGGACGCCCCUGUGUACAACUGGAGCGCUGAGACUCAAGGAAUCGUCCUCAGCUCCUUCUUCUACGGCUACAGCCUGACACAGGCGCUGGGCGGGUACUGCUCAGGGCUGUUCGGGGGGAAACCUGUCCUGGGCAGCGGGCUCCUGCUCUCCUCCCUGAUCACCCUCCUCGUGCCGCGAGCAGCAGAAUUCGGCAUCAGCUUCCUCAUCGGGCUGCAGGUGCUGCUGGGCUUGGCCGAGGGAGUGAUAUUUCCAGCUCAGUACACGCUCUGGGCAAAAUGGGCCCCUCCACUGGAACGCAGCAGGCUCAUGAACGUUGCUGACGCUGGAUGCACUUUUGGGACUUUCUUUGCACUCCUCGUGGCUGGGAUCAUCUGCCAGAGUCUGGGGUGGCCUUUUGUCUUCUACAUCUUUGGUGGCAUUGGUUGUGCCUGGUGCCUCUGCUGGUUCCUGCUCGUGUAUGAGGACCCUGUACGUCACCCGUGGAUUAGUGCCAGGGAGCAGGAGUACAUCGUGUCGUCGCUGGCUCACCAGGGUAGCUGUCAUGGCCGCUACCUCCCACUUGUGGCCAUGGCUAAAUCACUGCCCCUUUGGGCGAUCACCAUCGCCUGCUUCUGCACAGACUGGCUGUUCUACAUGCUGCUGACCUCCAUGCCCACCUUCUUGAGCAGCGUCCUCCGCUUUGACCUCAGAGAGAAUGGGGUCCUCUCCUCCCUGCCUUAUGUUGGGAAUGGGCUGGGGCACAUCCUGGCUGGGCUGCUGGCUGAUUUCCUCCUGGCUAGGCAAGUGCUUGGCACAGCAGCCGUCAGGAAGCUCUUCUCAGCACUUGGGAUGCUGCUCCCAGCCAUCUUCCUGGUGGCUGUGCCUUACAUUGGCUCCAGUUCCGCAGUUGUGGUCCUUCUAACACUGGCUUUGACGAUAAUCAGCAUGACAGGGGCAGGCAUCAAUAUUAACCACAUCGAUAUAGCACCCAGAUAUGCAGGGUUCCUGCUGGGAAUCACAAAUACCUUUGGCAUAGUUGCAGGAAUUAUUGCUCCUACUGCAGUUGGACUUCUCAUCAGCCAGGAUCUCCAGACUGGCUGGAGGAAUGUCUUCUUUGUAUCUGCAGCCCUCAACCUCUUUGGCCUGAUCUUCUACAUCGCCUUUGGCAGCGGGACCGUCCAAGACUGGGCUAGGGAGGACGCUGCUGUGCAGUGA